AACAUUUAAAGCAACUCUCUAUCUCACUCUCUCUGUAUUUUUCAUUAAUUUAAUACACUUCUUUUCUUCUCUUUGUUCAACAUAAAAUCCCUGAAAAACGAAAGCAAAAUGGGCAAAGUUAUAAAGUGGUUGAAGGGUUUGUUUACGACAAGGCAAAGCAACGGCGGGCGAUCAGGAAGCGGCGGCGCCACCGCCGCAACCGGAUUGUGCCACAACCCAACCACCAUACCUCCUAACAUAACGCCCGCAGAGGCCGCGUGGCUCAGUUCUUUCUACGGUCCCUCCGGGGGUGAGGAGCACAGCAACCACGCCGCAAUUGCGGUGGCCGCCGCCACCGCCGCGGCUGCAGACGCCGCCGUGGCCGCCGCCCACGCGGCGGCGGCGGCCGUGGUCAGGAUCGCCAGCCGAGAGAGAGGAAGAGGAGGGCCCCUGUUUUGCCGCGAAAGGUGGGCGGCUAUCAAAAUUCAAGCGGCUUUUCGGGGCUACUUGGCAAGAAAAGCUCUACGGUGUUUGAAAGGAUUAGUGAAAAUCCAAGCACUUUUACGAGGCUAUUUGGUACGGAAACAAGCCUCUGCUACACUUCAUAGCAUGCAAGCUCUAAUGAGAGCCCAAGCCACUGUUCUUGCCCAAAAAUCUCGACCGUCCAUCAUCAAUCAUCCACAAAAGUCUAUUGACAAAAAUAAAGAAGCACGAAGUGAGAACAUUACAUCAGUCCAUAGUGGACGAUAUUUUGCAUCACUUGGAAGUGAAAAUGAUGUAAUCACAAAAGUGGUUGAGAUGGACACUUCGGUUACGCCCAAGGCAUCUAGGAAAUCAAGAAGGUCCAAGACUUGGGUGCCUGAGUUUCAAGGCAACCCAUUUGGCCCUCCGCACUCCUCACCACUUCCCUAUAAAAUCUCGACCAGUCAAGAUUUUCAAGAUUUAGAUACGAGUCAAAUUAGUGAUGAAUACCGUUUUUCGACGGCCCAAACCACCCCAAGGUUUGCCAAUGUCAGGGGAUCCAACAACCCGAUCACGUUGUCUAAAAGUAUGUUUAUGGAACCAUAUUUCAGGAACUACGAGGGCUACCCCAAAUACAUGGCUAGCACACAAUCAUUCAUGUCGAAAUUGAGGUCCCAAAGUGCCCCGAAACAACGGCCCGAGCUAGGGCCCGGGCCCAGAAGGAAGAGGGUGUCAUUAAAUGAAAUGAUGGAAUCAAGGGCAAGUCAAAGUGGGGUUAGAAUGCAGAAGUCAUGCUCACAUGCCCAAGAAGUAAUGAAUUUCAAGAGUGCUGUAAUUGGUAGGCUUGGUAGGUGCACAGAUUAUCCAUACAUGAAUUGACAUCCUAACGGUUUCCAUUCAUAAAGAGGAAAAGGGACAAACUAAUUAAACCUCAGAUUCAACUUGCAUAUAUUGGAUCGUCAUUGCCCGAGGUCAGCUUGGUAUUCCAUGUUUUAUUGUUUAAGAACACCUUUGUGUAAUAACGACUUUUAGGUGUGGGUGUGAGGUUUAAUUUGUUGAUUUAUUAGGUUUGAUGAUGAUGUUAGAUUCGAAAAGUUUUUACAAAAACUAUUAUUAUUGUUGGUAUUGUUGUUAAAGAAAAUGGUACUUAUAUUGAUGGAGAAAAAUAAUUCGAACA